AUGACCGAUGACAUUGACUCCAUCGUCAAAGGGGCUCCCGUCGGGACGCCGCGCCUCAAACACCCUCCUGCCGGGCCGUCCCCGACCACCGCAUCCGGCAAACAGGGCGAUCCCCUCAGCCACGCGCCGAGCUCCCCGGCCAUGGCGUAUCUGAACCUCCUCAUCCUCGAAGCGUCGCUGCGCGCGCAGUUCCUCGAGCUCCGCGCCCGCAAGCGCCACCACACCUUCUUCCUGGCCCUCCUGACGCUCUGGGUCGCCUUCUUCGGCUACAAGCUCUACUUUGCGCCCCGCGAGGACGGCCGAGGGGUCGGAGGCUCCAUAUACUGGGCGCUCGAGGGCGCCCAAAAGGUCUGCUUCAUGGGCGGCAUCAUCACGGCCAUCCUGGUCUGGGGCACCGGCAUAUGGGACCGCGGGAUCCGCUGGCCGCGCCGGUGGUUCGCCGUCUCCAACAGGGGCCUGCGCGGCUUCAACUGCAAGCUGGUCGUGGUGCCGAGGCCGUGGUGGGCCGAGGCUCUCUCCACCCUCGGCUUCUUCCUGACCUACGGGCUGUUUUCGCACACGGCGAGCUCGUCCUACCGCCACGUGCAGCCCUGCCUGCUGCGCGAGGCGGAGAAGGAGCUGCAGCGCAACGGGCCUGGACAAGGGCACCCGGGCCACCACCCGACGCUGGUGCUGCCGCCGCACGACGACGAGGAGCGAGGCGGGCACGAGGAAGACCUGGCCCCCGGCGGCGACUACGUCAAGCUGCUGCUGCUGCCCAAGCCCUUCUCCCCGACGUUCCGGGAGAACUGGGAGGUCUACCGGACCGAGUACUGGGAGCGCGAGAACGAGCGCCGGGCGCUGCUGCGUCGCAAGGUCAAGGAGCUCGACCGGAAACUGGCCAAGGAGGCGUUUGGCUGGUCCUGGUGGCUGCCCUGGAGGCGCACCCCCCCGGAGCGCAAGCCUACGCCGCCAAGGACUCUGGGCCGACACCCGAGCGGCGACAAGGGCCGACGACAGCACAGCGGCAGCAACAGCAGCAGCGCGCGCCGUCCCUCUGUCAGCUCAUUAUCCCGGAGCCAGGCGCAGGCGCAGGCGCAGACGCAGACGCAGGCGCAGACCCCCACGCCCACGCCCACGCCCACGCCCGCCGCGUUGGACGUGGACGACGGGCAGAUGACGCCCCGCCGGCCCGGCGACUCGCCCUCGGAGAAGCGCCGCAAGAAGCCCUCCCUGUCCAAGGCGAGGCGCCCUGGCACCGAGUCGCGGUCCGUCACGCCGGAAGCGCCGUCCCCGCUCUCCAAAGAAGCAGCGACCGCCACAGACGCUGGUCCGGCACAAGGCAGCAGCGAGAGAGCUCUGACGAGCCCGGGCCCGGGCCAACAGCCGGCCGCGUCGCACAGCCCGAGCCCGAAGAGGCCCUCGAUGCAUCAGACGUAG